AUGAGCGAGUCCAGUAUCAGUACGCUCCCGCCCGGCAGGCCCAGCAGGCAGCCCUUCAUCCACCAAGAGAGCCUCUCUUUGGACUCCAGUUGCUUUUCUUCUCCACCUGUGAAUUUCCUUCAAGAAUUGCCAAGUUACCGGUCCAUUGCUCGUAAGAGGACAACCAUCCUUUCCCGGGACAAGCAAAAUGGCACUUUGCUGAAGCCAACAGACUCUUACAAUUUCCAACUGGAGGGAGAAAUCACUGAAGACCUUGAUAACCAAUCCAUUCGAAAAUAUGCACUGAACAUUUCUGAGAAGCGGAGACUAAGGGACAUUCAGGAGACCCAAAUGAAGUACCUAUCUGAGUGGGACCAGUGGAAACGGUAUAGCAGCAAGUCUUGGAAGAGGUUCAUAGAGAAGGCUCGCGAGAUGACGACCCACUUGGAGCUGUGGCGGGAGGACAUCCGCAGCAUAGAAGGGAAAUUUGGCACUGGGAUUCAGUCUUACUUCUCCUUCUUACGAUUUCUGGUGUUGCUGAAUUUGGUGAUAUUUCUGAUCAUCUUUAUGGUGGUUUUGCUCCCAGUCUUGCUCACCAGAUACAAGAUCACCAACAGCAGCUUUAUUCUCAUUCCAUCUAAAGACGUGGAUAUUCAGUGCACAGUGUAUCCGAUAAGUAGCUCUGGACUCAUUUACUUUUACAGUUAUAUCAUAGACUUACUUUCUGGCACUGGUUUCCUGGAGGAUACCUUCCUCUUUUAUGGACAUUACACCAUUGAUGGGGUGAAAUUCCAGAAUUUCAUCUAUGAUCUGCCUCUGGCUUAUCUGUUAAGCACAAUUGCCUACCUGGCUCUGAGCCUUGUUUGGAUAGUGAAAAGGUCGGUGGAAGGGUUCAAAAUCAACCUGAUCCGGAGUGAGGAGCAUUUCCAGAGUUACUGCAACAAGAUCUUUGCAGGCUGGGACUUCUGCAUCACCAACCGCAGCAUGGCGGACCUGAAGCACAGCAGCCUGCGUUACGAGCUCCGGGCAGAUCUGGAGGAGGAAAGAAUACGGCAAAAAAUAGCAGAAAGGACCUCUGAAGAAACGAUACGAAUUUACUCUUUGAGACUCUUUUUGAACUGUAUUGUGCUGGCCGUUUUAGCAGCAUGCUUUUAUGCAAUCUACAGAGCGACUAUAUUCUCUCAAGAGCACAUGAAAAAAGAAAUUGACAAGAUGGUUUUUGGAGAGAACCUCUUGAUUCUGUACCUGCCUUCCAUUGUGAUCACGCUGGCCAAUUUUAUCACCCCAAUAAUCUUUGCCAAGAUCAUCCACUAUGAGGAUUAUUCCCCCGGCUUUGAGAUCCGGCUGACAAUCCUUAGGUGUGUGUUCAUGCGGCUGGCUACCAUCUGUGUGCUGGUGUUCACCCUGGGCUCCAAGAUUACUUCCUGUGACAGCUACUUGUGUGAGCUCUGUGGCUACAAUCAGAAACUCUACCCGUGCUGGGAGACCCAGGUUGGGCAGGAAAUGUACAAGCUGAUGAUCUUUGACCUCAUCAUCAUCUUGGCUGUGACACUUUUUGUGGAUUUUCCUAGAAAGAUCCUGGUGACCUACUGUUCCUCCUGGAAGCUUUUUCAGUGCUGGGGAGAGCAGGAGUUUGCCAUCCCUGAUAAUGUUCUGGGGAUUGUUUACGGGCAAACCAUUUGUUGGAUUGGAGCCUUUUUCUCACCCCUUCUUCCUGCAAUUGCAACCUUGAAGUUCAUUAUCAUCUUUUACGUGAAAGAGAUAAGUCUUCUUUAUACCUGCAGACCCUCUCCGAGGCAGUUCAGAGCAUCCAAUUCUAAUUUCUUCUUCCUGUUGGUGUUGCUGAUUGGACUGUGCUUGGCAAUUAUACCUCUGACAAUCAGCAUGGCACGCAUCCCUUCCUCCAAAGCCUGUGGGCCGUUCACCAACUUCAACACCACCUGGGAGGUGGUCCCCAAGACAGUGAGCACCUUCCCCAACUCACUGCAGACGCUGGUUUAUGGCAUCACUUCGGAAGCCUUCGCGGUGCCUUUUUUCAUGAUCAUCUGCCUGAUUAUGUUUUACUUCAUCGCUCUAGCCGGAGCGCACAAGCGGGUGGUUGUCCAGCUCCGAGAGCAGCUGAACCUGGAAAGUCGUGACAAGCGUUAUCUAAUCCAGAAACUCACAGAAGCCCAGAGGGAUCUGAGGAACCGGCUAGACUGA